UGUAAUAAAUAAAUAAAUAAUGGUUUAAGUGGGAUAACUGAACUUCUUUCAAUUGGAGGAAAUUGAUGCAGAAGAGGAACUUGUGAAUUGCAGGAAAUUGAUGCAGAAGAGGAAAUGAAUGUUCCAAACAUGUGGGUUUCUCAAAUGAUACAGAGCUAACUUUGCCAAGAGAAAUUGAGGCUGUUUAUAAGCAGACUCCUUCAGCUGACAAUGAGUCAUUAGAAAAAGAUGAUGUCCUUAUUCAUAAUCAAACACAUGAAGCAAGAGUGGAAGAAGAGGCAAAUAUUUUGGCUCAAGAAUCAACAGAGGAAGCCGAUGAGUUUGUAGAUAGUAUAGUAGAGAGGCAGAAUCAAAGUCUUCCAGCAAACAUCAACCAAGAAAACAAGAUAGAUGAUUUACCAGUUGAAGACAGCAACUCAAUAGGAGACAUGGUACCGGUGAUUAAUAGUAUCCAAGUAAUUGAAGAUCAUAAUGACCAAGAUAGAGAACGAAAAAGAGUUAGAAGCAGGCCAAUCGGUUGCUUAUUUAGAUGCUGUUGACUCGGAAAUUGAGAAAUUAAUGAUGGAAGACUUUGCAAAUGGAGCGAAAGAAGCUUCUAAGACCGAAUCAAACAAACUAUUAGAAGAACUAAAGAUGGAUGAUGUUGACACAGAUAGUUUUGAAAUACAACUUAAUGCCCUUGAGCCUAAUGAAGAAGAAAAGGAUGAUGGAAACGAUGCGAGACUCGAAGAGGCAGUAUUUGAGAUAUCUCUUCAAACUGAUUACACUUCAAAUUUGAUGCCUGAAAAUUUGAGUAAGAAUAUAGAGGUAGAGACAGCGCCGGUGAUGGAAUCUGCAAAAGUAUCAGAUAUUUCUGCCGCAGAUAACGAAAGUGAAGAGGCAACCGAAUAUGCAGAACUUGGUGAUCAGAAGAAAGAACGAAUUUUCCAAACUGAGAAAGCCAGAGGAGAGUGA